AUGGGACAUAAUAACGCCGCCGCCGCCGUCGACUCGAGAGGUCCGCCCGGCCACCGAGAACGGCCCAAGCAGCGGGAAGAUGACAGAUACAUGACAAAGCAACGGAGACACAGGUGCCAGCCGGCUGAGUGUGGUCGCUUUCCUCCGACGCACAUAGUUGAAAUCACCCGUCAGACUCGGAGAUGA